UGGACCCUCUUGUCCAGAGUCUACUGAGGUGGUAACCUGAUCUGCAGCCGCUGAAAAUCCUCACUUUGGCCUGGUAUGGAUAAAGUAAUAGCCUCGGGUUCUUUAUAAGUUUAUUUUAGGUAAUAGAGAAGCUUGUUUUGUUAUAGCCUUUUCCGCCCUUUCCCCUCUCUCCGUCCCUCUAUUUCGUUCCUAUCUCUAAAGUUUUCCCUCCGCUGAAAUUUCUCGCUUUUUGAGAGUUGGAAAACGGGGAGAUUUGGCUGUGCUGCGAGGCGCAUGCGCUCUGCUGCAUCCCAACCCCUUCAACCCCGUUGCUGCGUCCGAGCAGGUGAGAGAGGGAGGGAUACUUUUGUGCGCACCAGCACAGACAGGCGCAUACGCACGGUGUGGGAGCACGACACGCUCGGAGACUAAGCAAAGCCGCAGUUGUCCACAGACCGUGUCCUUUUCCUCCCCGUGGAACCGAGCGCGCGACCCAAACGGACUGUUUGUAGAUUUUGGAGCAUGCAUUUUUGGGGCUGAUUCUUUUUUUUUAAAUUAAUGCUCCAGUGGAGACGGGUGACUUACUGUGAAGACCUGUAACUCUGGCUGAACUUCAACUUGAGCGGCGGUUCUUGUUUUUGCAGCAUGGAAGUUAAAUUGACGAAUGGUUUGCGGCGUGGAUCACCGUGUGGAUCGUUCCACAGGUAAAAAAGGCUAUGACCUGAACACAGAAACGGCUGGAUUCUAUUCUCUUCUUGGCAGGAUUUUAUACUGUUUUUUUUUCUUCUUGAGUCUAUAAAUUUUCAAUUGGAAGAGUUUUUAUUUGGUAUUGUUUUUUACCUGGAUAGACAGGAUAAAGGUGAUUUCAAUCAGAGAUUAAGGACCACAAUCCCUUUUAACCAGCGGUACUUGGAUUGCCGUAGUUUUUAAUUGCCACUUUACCCGUUACGCACUGAAAAGUUAAAUUUUUCUAGCCUUAAAUUUAAAAACAAAAUUAUAGCUGCUUUUCACAAGACUUCUAAGCUACUUGACGCACGGAGAGCUAUCAGAUUUUUGGAGACGCCGUGCUCACCAGGACAUCAACUUUGACUUGAUUAAUACUUCAGCUACUUUAGACACUUCAAGAGGGCCUAAUAGGAAGACGGAAUUUACCUUAAAGGAUAUCCUAAAUCCACCUGGGCUGCACUGGAAUUAUUGGUUUGAUUUCGUCUCCACUCCAGAGAGUGGAUUAUCAACAACUUCUGAUUGGCCGCGUCUCCUGAUUUGUGGUAGCAUGAAUCUCGCAAUGGGCUGUGUGUGUCGGCCAGUGAGCUGGCCCCCCGGCAGAAUAUUGGACUCCAGACACUGUGUCUUUGCUGUUACACUCGUCAUGCUUCUCAUGCAGGUGGUGGUGGUGGAAACCAACACUUGGUGGUCUUUGGCCAUGAACCCAUUGCUGAUCCCAGAGGCCUACAUCAUCGGGGCGCAGCCUCUCUGCAGCCAGCUGGUGGGGCUGUCACCAGGUCAGAAGAAGCUGUGCCAGCUCUACCAGGAUCACAUGCAGUACAUUGGUGAAGGUGCCAAAACGGGCAUCAGAGAGUGCCAGUAUCAGUUCAGACAUCGGCGUUGGAACUGCAGCACAGUGGACAACUCCUCUGUUUUUGGACGGGUUAUGCAAAUAGGCAGUCGAGAAACCGCAUUUAUGUAUGCCAUCAGCGCAGCAGGGGUUGUUAACGCUGUGAGCCGUGCCUGCAGAGAAGGGGAGCUCAACAGUUGUGGGUGCAGUCGUGCGGCCCGUCCGAAGGAUCUUCCCCGAGACUGGCUGUGGGGCGGCUGCGGAGAUAACCUUGACUACGGCUGCAGGUUCUCCAAGCAGUUCGUGGACGCACGUGAGCGAGAGAAGACCCCUUUGAAAGGCUCAUAUGAAAGCGCACGGAAGCUGAUGAAUCUUCACAACAAUGAAGCAGGAAGGAGGGCGGUGUUGGAGCUUGCCCAUGCGUCCUGCAAGUGCCAUGGCGUAUCAGGAUCUUGCAGCCUAAAGACUUGCUGGCUGCAGCUGGCAGACUUCCGCAAGGUGGGCGAUUUGCUGAAAGAGAAGUACGAUAGUGCUGCAGCCAUGAAACUCAACUCGCGUGGAAGAAUGGUGCAGAUGCACAGUAAGUUCAACGCGCCCACAGGUGAUGAUCUGGUGUACAUAGACCCCAGUCCAGACUACUGCUUGAAGAACCAAAGCACAGGCUCCCUUGGCACAGUUGGGCGCCUUUGCAACAAGACCUCAGAGGGCAUGGAUGGGUGUGAGCUGAUGUGCUGCGGCAGGGGUUACGACCAAUUCAAGGCAGAGAUUGUGGAGCGCUGCCACUGCAAGUUCCAUUGGUGCUGCUACGUCAAGUGCAAGCGCUGCUCCAAAACCGUAGACCAGUUCGUCUGCAAGUGAGAGGGAAUGCUGGCUUGCAGUGGGUGUUCACAGUGUGAGAAUGGAAGAAAGAAACUAUAUAAAUUAUAUUUAUAGAGUUAAACAAUUAUGUCAUUGCAAAAAGACAUUCUUUAAAAAAAAUUAAUAAAUACUUUUUGUCUUCCGAAACUGAGAGUAUUGUUGAAUAUUUAUUUUAAGAUAGUUAUGUUUUAUUCUUGCCCAGUUGUUACCAGCAAGUUUUGCUUCCUUGUAUUUUUAACUCUUUGAGUGCCUAAAACUUGCUAAAAAUCUUCUCUUUUUUUUUUUUUCUCAAAAAACAUUGUUUUUUCAAAUGUCAAUAAUGAAUCAAACUGUGCUGCCAGUUUUCAAAAAAGCAUGGGGGGUUUUGUGGCAUUUUUGGCUCAUGAUGCUCAAGUAGGACUGUGUGUCGGGACAGGAAUGCUUGUGGUGGGUUUGUCUUCGCAGGAGCAAUUUCAACCCAGCCGUCACAUACUUGUCCUCUUUAACCACAAGUACUGCAAAGGACACUGUUGGUUUGUGAGUCCUUGCUGUAUCGAGGUUUAAACAAGUGGGCAAUUUUUUUCUUCUUUUUUAGGGGGGUGGGGGGUGGGGUGGGGGUUACUGGGCCAUUUACCAGAAGCUUUAAUACUCCCCAGGUGCUGCAACAAGCCCUCCAUCGUCAUGCACUUUGAUACAGAGUACAGUACCUCUGUUCAGCUGUUCUCCAUUUAUUCAUGUUAUAGUCUACAUUUUCUUCUUAUUAAUUCAAAGUAUCCACUUAACAUUACUUUACAGUACUUAUGGUUUGAUUUUAUACGGGCAAUGUUUUGGUUACAGUGGUUAAAUAUUCAAUGCUCUUUGUACAUAGUAUGUCUAUCCAGCCAAUCAGUAAAUUGUGCUUUUUUUUUUCUUCUUAACCAGAUAUUCAUUUUUUAGGCUUCAAGAAAGGAAACUAUUGUCUCCAUAAUGGAAAUGUUUUUGAGUUUGAUGCCCUUGAGUUUUGUGUUCACAAAUUUGGCUCUCCCUAAUGAGGCUCGUCACCAUUUUUUUUUUUUUAAAGGGAAAUGCACCUUAUGGUUCUGAAGAAAAUGUUUCCUCUCACUCAUGUUAAGCGUUACGGUUUCACGUGUUGAUUUUCACAUGAUCAGAUUUGAACAUGUCCAUAAGCCUCUUGUACCACUCUGUUUACUUCAUGAUUACCAACAAACUCGGUCACUUCAACUAUGUAUAUUUAUAAGCUUCUUUAUGAGUCUGACCUUUGUUAGGCAUAAUGUGUUGUAGCUAAUAUUUUGUUACUUUUUGGAAAUUGGCUCACUGUGCUGUUGUUUCAAUAAAUAUCAAAUGUAAAACCAACUGAAAUGUAUUUACCAAUGCCUAUUUUUCCCUUUUGGUUAAAGCAUUUUAUUUCUGAACGCAUAUUUGUCUCUUAAUUAUUUAAUCUUUGAAAUACUUUUGCCUACUACCUCCAAGUAUGAUCCAUUUUUCUCUCAAACUUUAGCAACAUUACAGACUUUCUUUGUAUUCAGUCUUUUCACAAAUUUGCAGAAUUUGGUUCAGUUGGUCUAAGCCAUUAAAGCAACUGUAAAGGUAUGAAGUGAAGCACAAUGUUUGUCUCUAGAGCUACAGAAUUUGACAGAGGAUUGAAGUUGUUUUCUUGUGUUUUUUACCAAUACAGAGUAAACUAUCUUUUACCAGGAUAAUAUAGAAAGGAAUUCCAUUAAAAUACAUGCUUAUGCAUGCUAUACAUUGCCAAAUACUGUCCGUGUGCUUCAAAGGAAAAGCAGAACAAUGAGUACUGAAAGGCUAAAUUAGAAGCUGGUAGCAACGCAUUUAACUGA